AUGAUCGGGGAAGGUCGUGACGAGGCUGCCCGCCUCUAUGUGCCUCCGCUCCUCGAAGAUGACGACCGCAUCGCCGAUCCCGACACUUCCGAAGAUCUCCCGCCGCCUGAUGUCGAGUCCGGAAGCCCACUGCCUAUUUGGCUGCAGGAGUCAUCCAAGUCCUUUCGUUGGGGUUGGGUGCCUUUGCCCCUCAGAAAGGCCGGUCGCGCAACUGCAAACUGGAUCAAGGGCCCCGAUCCGCCGCACAUGCUCCUUUUGAAACCGCUAUUUCCGCGUAUCCAGGAAUUGCCGGUCCAAUAUCUUGACCGCUUCUUUCCUAAACGGAAACAAAAGGGUUUACUUCUGGGCUUGUUAUACCUCUCGUGGUUUCUGCCGUGGUUCCUGGUUCUCCUUCACUCACGAUCAUCCGGCUAUAUCGAGGGAUACGGCCAGCUGCAGACUCUCUCAUGUACGACAAACCUCUGGCAAUUCGAUAACGGGUGUGGUUUGAAUGGAAAUGACUGCCGUCCUUUCUCAGAAUCAACAAUUGCUUUUCGAUGCCCCGCCAAUUGCCGCGAUGCGAAACUGCUGGAACCUCAUGUCGUUGGAAAUCAAACAGUGAAUUAUCGAGGACUGGUCAUCGGAGGGCCAUCUCCCCAGUCACCAGAUACGGCGAUCUACCGGGCUGACAGCUUUGUUUGUCAAGCGGCUAUUCAUGCUGGAGCCAUCUCGAACGACGGCGGCUGCGGUGUUGCAAAGCUAGAAGGCGCUGCACACUCUUUCCCGGCAGUGAAGCAGCAUGGUAUCAAAUCUAUCGCCUUCCCGUCCACUUUCCCGAAGUCAUUCAGUUUUCUUCACCCGUCUUCAUCGCAAGCAAACUGCCCAUCGGAUCCGCGCUGGCCGCUUCUUGGUGUCACGGCUGCGGCUGUUGGGGUACUCUGGCUUUUCUGCACAUCACCCCCAAUUCUUUUCUUCAGCACUUUUUUUAUGGUGUUUUGCCAUACGGGACUGGUCGCCGACCCUCCUUCGUAUCCUUACCUGGCCGAUCUCGUCUCCACGCUGUUGUCUCGACUGCUGCCCGCUUCAUUCGUUGCUUACGUGCUAUACAAGUUUUGUGCGGCACCACUACUGAAGCCGAUCAGCUCGCCUAUAUACCAGCUGUCUAAGCUAUUCCUAUAUUUGCCUGCACUCUUCAUUGGUGCUUUGAACAACUAUACCUUCGCGCGGUUGAUUCCCCUUCAGCGCCUGACCCCCAUGGAUAUCCAACAGCAACCAGGGGCUAAGCUUGCACUGGCAUUCGUCAUUCCAACUGUACUCACAAUCAUUCUUACCCAGGCAUGGCAGAUCCGCCAAGGUGGACUGUUGCCUCGCUACUUGAAGAUAUAUGGUACUAUGGUCCUGAUUAUUCUCAUCCUUCUUCCACUCCCUGGUCUUCGGCUCCGAAUCCACCAUUACAUUCUCGCCAUUCUACUCCUGCCUGGCACCGCCUUUCCGACACGCCCUUCAUUGGUUUAUUCGGGUCUGCUCCUUGGUCUCUUCAUAAACGGUGUUGCCCGAUGGGGAUUUGCCUCCAUUAUCGAAACCCCAGCCGCGCUGGGAGAACUUGCCUCGGGGCGCAGCGGACAUGGCUGGUGGGGCACUGCGUAUCCUAACAUCACGAACAGCUCUGUUGAGAUCUCCUUGCCUAAAGAUGGCUCUGAUGCCGCCCAUUACGGUAACGGCAACAUAACCUUCCAUUUGUGGGAACCCGAGCGAAUGGCGAAACUUGAUGUGGAUGGUAUUUCAGUGUUGCUUAAUGAUGUGGAGCGCUGGCGUGGCUACAUUGACGAAGAGAAGCACGGCGAAUUCACCUGGCACCGUCAUGGCCACGACGGUCUGGAACUGCGACAGUCGUCUCUGCUUGAUGUCGAUGAAGAUUCUUCCGAAUUUGAGACUCAAUCUGGCUCUCUUCGAGAAAGUGACUCAGAUGAUGACGACCCUAUGGAUAUUUUCUUCCGCUUCGCUUUCCUUAGGGGUGCAGAGGCAGGCUCCUACGGACCAACUGGUGUCUGGAGAAGCGAUGGAUCUUGGAUCUCGCCGGGCCCUCCAAAGAAGUAG